GAUGUAGGGCAGUGCUUUUCCAGCCAGGACGAUGACCCGAGCCAACUUCUCAGGCCUGACUAGUCUCCAUCAAUGAGUAUCUAGUACAUCUACCGGGAUUCGGAGCAAACUUGACAUCCAUUCGAGCCAGCCGUUGCGCUACUCCUCUCAAGAACGUCGGGGCUGUCCAAUCAGACCAGGUACACACUUCUUAUCCAGCUGCCCUCAUCUCCUUCAAUUUUGAACGCGACACUGUCCCCUUUUCCGGCCUGACAACUUCGAAGUCUUCGACAAUCUCAGCCCCAAGUCCCUGUUCCAUCAGUGGAGGACAACACCUGGUCACCGACUGAUUUGCUUCUGCGGAUCUUUCCGUUUUGCGCGCCGAGCCUUACGUACAGCGGCUUUGCCGACAAAGGAAUGUCAAUGCCUUAUCCGUCUGGCUGGGUACUUGAAUGAUGUUGGUCGCCACAGAGACCCUUCAUCGAGUUGGCAGUGAAGUCAUUUCGGUGGUCGCAAUGUCAGAAUCUGGCAGCGAAGCAAGCAAGGCAGCAAAGAAAAGGGAAUACAAUCGUAAUGCACAGAGAGUCUUUCGUCAACGGCGCAAGGAGCACUUGAGUAACCUCGAGGCAGCUCAGCGGGAACUGAAUAGUAUUCAGGUGGAGGAAGUCGAACGUCUUCGUCGCGAGAACCAGCUACUUGCGCAAGAAAACAAGACUUUGAAACAAACGUACGACUCUCAAGCCAACUCUCCCAGACUGUCGGUAAGUCCUAGUGAACUCAGGGCUCCGACUGCAGGGUAUGUGCAUUAUUCCACGCCGUCCGUUGGUUACGUGGACUCCGUGACGGCAACACCCGGGUAUAUACCUGCUGGUGGUCCUUCCGCACUUCCUCCGCCGGCGUCGACACCUCUUUCAAACACUAGCAACGACCCUGCCAACCUCGUUGUUGUAGUGCCUAACAACAUCCGCGAAAUUCGGCGGUCACUCCAUCAAAUGUUUGCUCCUCUCCUCGAGAUACCAGUCAUUUCGAACCCACAGUCACAUCUGGCGACGCUAGCAGCGCUAGAGCCAACCCUUCCGAACGCUUUGAAACCCACGCAGUUACAACUCACAACACCACAUCACGCAUACAUCGACAUGCUACCUUCGCCCUCCCUUAGAGAUCGACUCAUUGCAAUCGGACCUGCGAACGCCAAUAGCUUCCUCACAGAGGCAUGUACUAUUGCAUGUGACAUUGAAGAUACCGGACAAAUGACAAUAUGGGGCGAGGACUGGUUGAACGAUUUCUCUUGGGAGUUCUCUGCUGCUGUGCUGGAAAGAUGGGGCGGCUGGCUCCUUACCCCGGAAUGGGGCCAGCGAGCCAACUUUUGGCGGCGCCAGAGAGGAGCGCCAGUUCUACCAGGAUACGAUUGAUGAGAAAAGGAGGCAUCCGCUCGGUUUAUUUCUGUCACCGUUGGGCUCGCGACGCCAUAGAAGGACUCGUGAUUUCGACAAAGGUCCAUAUUCGGGCGUGAUGCGACACGGCUGAGGUGCGAAGUCGUCAACCAUCCAUCAGCAAGAGUUGGAUGCGUGUUAGUUGCUAUGGACUUCAGGAAAUGUCCUACCAAGCCUGUACCGAGACACUUCGGGCACGCCGCAA